AUGCCUGCGCCGCCAUCAGCAGAGGCCGGGAAGGGCCGCACCACGCAACGCGUGACCAUCGUCAUCGAUAGCGACGAGGAAGACGGCGGCGGCGUCGUUGGCGUCGGCGGCCGCCAGGCAGGGCGCGAGCCUGGGAGCGGCGCCGCGAUCGCCGCCGCCAGCGAGUCCAUAAAGCUCGUCAAGCCAGAGCCCGUCGACGAUGCGGGCUUCCACCCGGUGGGUCCGGGGGCGCUGCUCCUUGGGGUGGUGCCUAUCUUGCCGCGGGCACAAAACCCCCGCGCGCCGUCCUCGCCACGGGCACAAAACCCCCGCGCGCCGUCCUCGCCACGGGCACCAAGCCCCCGCAAUCCGUCCUCGCCGGCGCCGGUCGACGCGGAGGUCCGGAAUCAGUCCGAGAUUAUCGCCAUCUCCGACGACGACGACGAUGACAAUUCCCGAUUCCAUGGCGCCUUGCCGCUCGACAUGGUCGAGGGGAGCGGCCGUCCCGUCAAGGAGGAGGCUUCCGACGACUUGGACUGCGAUUGGGUUCGUUUAGCGGAGGCGAAGCGCGCCUUGGUGGCGGUUGUGGCCUCCGGAAGCUCUCACGUGAAGAGGAAGAGGAAGAGAGGAUCGCCCGGCGGAGCCAAGCCCUACGCGCGCGGCGGCGGCGGCGUUCACGCGUUGGACCGGAAUUCGAGCGCUUCAGGGGCUGGGCAUCGCACGGCCACGGCGUGGAUGGCCGACGACGCCGGGAGCUCUAGGGAUGUGAAUAGUAGAGAAGCAAGCAGAGGCGUGGGUGAUCGGCCGGGUUCGGCCAAGAAGGCCCUCGUGUCCAGCGAAGAAUCCAGGGGUGCACCGGGAAAGGCGAGGAGUGGAGGAGGUGCGAGAAGGGAGAGGAGCACUAGUGUGGCACCUGCGAACUGGAUAGGCACCAGCAUUGGGUCGCGGAUCCGGUCAAGGUCGCGGAAGCAGGGCACAGUGCAGUACUCUGCUCGAGUGUCGUCCGAGGAUACAGGGGAGGACGAAGUGCAGGAGCAGAAGCAGAAGAGAGUGGAAGAUGUGGAGUCCAUGGAGGUAGAUGAUGAUGAUGAUGACAACGAUGGGGAAGAUGUGGAGUCCAUGGAGGUAGAUGAUGAUGACGACGACAACAACAAUGGGGCUGGCAAUGGCAUACAGCAAGAGAGUGAGCAGGACGAGGCUUUGGAGGGAAGGAGCAGGCAGGAUAGCCAUGCUUUGAUUGAUAGUGAGGAGGAGGUGGGGGAAAAGGAAUUGUCGGAAGAGGAGGAAGGUGGCAAUCAAGAAGAAAGCACUAGCAUCUGCGAUGGCGAAGGAGAACAAGAAGAGGACGCGUCUGAAGAGAUUGAGCAGGAAAUGGAUGAAACAGGGGAGGAGGACGAACAGGAACUUGAUGGAACAGGAAAGGCGCAGCCAUUCACGCCUAGCAACACCAUUGCAGGUAGCAGUAUGAGGUCAGGAGGCGAUGACACGCGAGUCUUCAGGAGGAGGGUUUUUGAGGGCAUAUAUUUGCCUCAGAAGCCACGCAAGACUGUUGGCAAGGGCAUCGGAGGGCGGACGCGAUCACAGCGAAAAUGCAAGGACAAAAAACUGCUCAGACGUGGAACUUUCAGUAAACCCUACAAUAUUGAUAUUCCGGACUCGACUUCUGAUUCUGAAGAGGAUAAUGAACCACCAGCGCCACAACAAGGACUUCUGUCAUCAAGUGAGGAAGACAACAUAACUUUUGGCAAAAGGAAGCGCAGAAGAGCAAUAAAAAACAGACGGCUUAAGAGAUCGAGUACCAGUAGUGACGAGGAGUACAGAGUAUAUGCUAGGGACGCCAAAGAUAGGCCUUUUCGGAGGCUGAAGAAAGGGCUAUCCAAUCUUCAGGCUGGCAAGGAAGGUUGCAGAAGGUAUGAUGGUUCAAAUCCUGGGCAUGCCAAAUACAAUGGUCCAAAUGGCGAGAACCCAAUGAACAUGUCCAAUGAACAGGAUGCUAUUCUCUUCAAAAGAAAGGCACAUACGAUUCUAAUGAAGAAGCGCGGUCCAGCAGCGAAAGCUGCAUAUGAUGAACUCCUUAAUUCCUUGUUUUCUGGCUGGGAGGAUCAUAUAAAUGAUCCUGAUCAUGCAGCAGCUGGAAAUAGUUUGCCUUUGGUGUUCGCAUUCGGAGAUGAGGAUGCAGAAGAGAAUAUAGAAAAUGACAAGUAUCAAGAAGACCUGUGGAGGGAAUGCGACAUUGCUUUUGAAUCCAUGAAUAUUGGUUCCAACAGCUGUGAAGAGGAUGGGCAAGAAAUUCCUCCAGUGGAAGUUACUUUUUGCAAUAAUGGGCAGCAUGAAUUCAUUAUUGAUGAACAAAUAGGAGUUCGGUGCAAGCAUUGUCAUGUUGUCGAUCUCGAAAUCAGACAUGUACUGCCUGCUUUGGGGAAAUUUUCUGCAGAAAGGGAAUCAGCAAUCGACCCUGAGUUGGACAAGAUGCUUAAGGAAAUGCUCAAUGUUUUUGAACAAAAUGAUGUGCUGGUAUCAAAUGGACAUGAACUACCAUGCAAUUUUGGUGGUCACAAAGCUGGUUCAGUCUGGGAUCUCAUUCCUGGAGUCAAGGAAACUAUGUUCCCACACCAGCAGGAUGCAUUUGAGUUCUUGUGGACGAAGCUGGCAGGAGGUACUACAAUUGAACAGCUAAAGCAAAACGUAAAAUCUGAUGUUGGAGGUGGUUGUGUGAUUUCUCAUGCACCUGGGACGGGAAAGACGCGACUAGCAAUCACAUUUGUUCAAUCCUACCUUGAGGUUUUCCCACACUGUAGCCCGGUUAUCAUUGCUCCCAGGGGGAUGUUAGCGACAUGGGAGAAGGAGUUCAGGAAAUGGAAGAUCAGCUGGAGUGAAGACAAGACCAUCCAAGAACAGGUUGCGAAGAAUGGAACUUUUCAUCGAAGGCUACUGACAGAUAAAAUGGAUCAAAAUUAUAGACGAUUGGUGAAGUUAGGGUCCUGGAUGAAUGGAACCAGCAUAAUCGGUUUGAGCUACUCGCUUUUUAGGAAGCUAGCUAAUCAUGAAGGCAUGGACGGGGAUAAGGUGAGGAAGCUGCUGCUUGAGAAACCUGACUUGCUUGUCCUUGAUGAAGGGCACACGCCAAGGAACAAGAAGAGUCUUAUCUGGAAGGUUCUUAAAAGGGUCCGCACUGAAAAGCGAAUAAUUCUAUCGGGGACUCUAUUCCAAAACAACUUUGAGGAGCUCUAUAACACCUUGCGCCUUGUCAGGCCAAAGGAUGCAGAUACAGUGCAUCUAGAGACGGACGAGGGCAAAGAUUUCUGGUCUUCAUUAAGACUGAAUGACAUCACAAAGGCAAACAUAAAUGAAAAAGAAGUCAUCGCAAGUAUGGAGAAGGCUGUGGCAACGAUGGGUCUUGAUGCGGAAUACAAAAUCUCGAUUGCAUCAAUACAUCCCUCCCUCCUUGCCAGUGCAAAAUUGUCUGAAGAAGAGGAAUCUAUCUUGGACAUACCUAAGCUAAAGAGUUUACGUUCCUCUCCAUCUGAAGGGGUUAAGACGAGGUUUGUUUUGGAGAUUGUCCGUCUGUGUGAAGCGCUAAAUGAACGGGUUCUAGUGUUCAGCCAAUAUCUUGGACCAUUGUCCAUGAUCAUGGAGCAGCUGAAAGAAAAGUUCAAUUGGGCUGAAGGCAAAGAGAUCCUGCUAAUGAGUGGAAAUGUUCCUGUUAAAAAUCGCGAAACCAUGAUGGAGGUCUUCAAUAACAUGAAAAGCAAGGCCAAGGUAAUGCUUGCAUCAACGAAGGCAUGCUGUGAGGGCAUUACACUUAUCGGGGCAUCACGUGUGGUUCUACUUGAUGUUGUGUGGAACCCCUCUGUUGGAAGGCAAGCGAUUGGCCGAGCUUACAGAAUUGGUCAGGAAAAGAUUGUGUACACAUACAAUCUAAUUGCAGAAGGAACAACAGAGAAGAGCAAAUAUGACAGACAAGCUAAGAAGGAGCACAUGUCUAAAUUGCUCUUUUCAAAAGAACCGGAGCAUGGAGAAUGCAACUUGCCUCCAGAACUGACGUUCAAUGAUAGGGUUUUGGAAGAAAUGACUGCACGUGAAGACCUCAAAGAAUUGUUUGUAAAGAUUUAUGUUGACAAUCAAACUGAUGGGUUAAGUGGAGAGAUGGAGAAGAACAAUACAUGUCCACAGGCCUAA